AUGGAUCCGCUCUCGAUCCGUGACCUUGAGGAAUUAGCACUGGAGCUCGAUGAUAAUGAUCCGCUAAAGGGUUUUCGUGACAAGUUUAAAUUGCCCACCACGUUUGAGCUAGUUAAUCAACUUAAUGGUGCAAGUAGUCAUGGCGGCACCAGUGAUUCUGCGGAGGUGAUCUACUUAUGCACAAAUUCUCUUGGCCUUCCACCGAAAUCGACGAGCCAGAACCUGGAAAAGAUGCUCGAGUCAUGGAGGACGAUGGGUGUGCUAAGUCACACACAGGGUUGUUCCCCUACCGAAACUUCGGAUCUACGUCCUAAGGAGAUUCUUGCUGAAUACAUUGUAGGUGCAAAAGUCAAUGAGGUUGCUGUUAUGGAGAGCCUUACCGCUAACAUUCACACUCUUCUAGCGUCAUUUUACCGACCAGAGGGCAAAAAAUGUUGCAUCCUCAUUGAGAAGAAUGCAUUUCCUUCAGAUUACUAUGCUUUAGAGUCCCAAGUCCAUUUAAGAGGUGUUGAUAAGUCCGCUCUGAUUGAACUGGACCUGCGACCGAAUAAUAAGUACCUCACAACUAAGGAGAUCAUCGAUGAGAUCAAGGAACUUGGCGAAAAACUUGCUUUCGUCUGGCUUCCAGGUGUAUCUUACUUGACAGGUCAGAUGCUGGAUAUUCCCUUGAUAACCGAAGCUGUUCAUAAUUUCUGUAACUGUCCAGUCGGCUGGGAGCUAGCGCACUCUGUCGGAAAUGUUCCUCUUGCUCUCCAUGAUUGGAAUGUUGAUUGCGCAGCGUGGUGUGGCUACAAAUAUCUGUGCGGCAGCCCAGGUGGUUGUGCUGGUAUCUUUGUGCACGAAAAGCACUUCCUUAAGCCCGGUGAGUUUGCUCCUACGGAAGAACACAAGUAUGCACCGGCACUGACAGGUUGGUGGGGACAUCGUUAUUCCACACGUUUCCAGAUGACCAACAAAAUGGAGGUAGAGGGUGGAGCGGAUUCAUAUCGACGCUCGUGUCCCUCUAUGCUACUCAAUUCUGCAUUGACCUCCUCAUUAGAGAUCUUUGCUGAAGCUGGUGGAAUGACUCCUCUUCGCGAAAAGUCGAUACUGUUGACGAGUUAUCUGGAAGCACUUCUUUUUAAUGCUCCUAUUGCUCAGUCUUCGGGGUUGGAGUUAAUUACACCGAGUGAUGUACAAUCUCGUGGCUCUCAACUCUCCAUCAAGGUCAACGUCGAUGUGGAGAAAUUGUACAAUCGACUGAUCAAAAGGGGUGUCAUUUGUGACACCCGAAAACCUUGCUACAUUCGUCUGGCCCCUUUUGCUCUCUACACCUCCUUUAAUGAUGUCCUUAAAGCAGGUAAAAUCAUCACUGAGGAAAUUGGAGCUCUUCUAGAAGACUAA